UGAAAAAAUGGCGGGGGGGAAAGCCGCGGGUUCAAACACACCAACACACCGACUUCCUGGUUAGUGAAGCCUGCAGCAGCCGCCGGCGUGUGUUUCUGCUUCUGACUGAGGGUCAGACACGUUUAAUCAAACAGCAGCCCGAACACGUAUCAGCUGUAGACCCCGAACUGGACGAGCACAUUGCCCACCUCCACGCCAUGCAGAUGUUUGGGAUAACUGACCACGAUCUCAUGUUUUCCCUCGAUGUCAACCACGAUGAGGCCCCUGAGGACCAAGAGCACCAAUACAUUGAAGGGAGGGUCCAGAAGGCCCAGGAGCUGAUGAAGGCUGAGUCAGAGUUACAGAUGCAGCUGGCAGAGAGCAUGGCAUCAAGCACAGAACCAGCCUGGCUCAGACAACCAGUGGAGAACAACAACAGAGAGCGCUCUCAUGAGAAAAAAAGAAAUCCAAGACCAAGUCCUUCCUAUCCACAACAUGACAGCAACUUUAACCGGUCAGCGAUCGUGGUGGACUUGGACCAGUCUUGUUCUGGGAGAUGGAAGACCAACAGAAUCUGAGUGACAGAAUUAUUGAUCUAACUGCAGAUCAAAGUAUGACAGAAGAACAACCUGUUGUAAAUAUCAGCGAAGACAAGCUUUCAGAGCCGGAUCUGGAUUCUCUGAAACACCAAUCUGUCAAGCAGGAGAAGAGUAACUUAGACGCAGCCGAUGCCUCUCCUCAACAAGUGCUUCAGGGAUCUUUGGCCAUGUCAGAGGUCAAUGAUGCAGGUGAUCCUGCAGAUGCCUCCGUUCAAGAACUAAUGGACGAGUCUGUGAUGUCUGAGGCUGCUGUUGCUUCAGGAGGUGACAGCAGCCAGCAAUACCUCACAGCGUUUGAUGAUGAACAGCUCAGUGGAUUCUCCCACUCAGAACAUGACUCUAAGAUGGACCUGGGGCACCCACUUUGUACUCCACCACAUUUAUUUGAUAUCUGUAGUUACACGUUACUUUACAGAUUACAUGCUGCAUCAGAGUCAAAGCAUCACAAUUUGAUUUAUUCUUUUACUUAAAUACAUUUGAUAUCAGAUACUUUAAUACGUUUACUCGAGUACUUUUCAUAUUGGGGACUUUCACUUUUACCAAAGUAAUUAGAUAGAGCAGUAAAAUAUAUUAGGCCCUACAUGUGUUACUGCAAUUGUACACUUUAUUAAGUCAGUUAAGUCACAGUAUCUCAAACAUCACAUGUUGAGUGAGCAGUGUGCUGGUGCCUGGCAGUGAUAUCUGACAGGUGUGUGUAAGUGUACAGUACUUCAUGGUCAGGAGGUCAGAGGUGCACAGUGGCUGUGACCCUUUUUGUUUUUCACGACUGCAGACUUCGUCUCUCUUUACAGGUUACUGUUCCACUUGACUUCCUCCUUUGCUGCUGUAAUAAUUACUGUUCCCACUAGAGGUCACUGCCCACUGAACAUCAGUAUGGGUUAGGGUUAAGGCUGCUUUUACAAUUGACCUGUAAGCUCCUUUGUCCACAGAGUGUUUCUUUGUGGCAGAAACACACCGUCUGUGCUCUCAGGAGCUCUGAGAUGGAGCGUUUGUGCUCCGAGAGAAAAAAACGCCGUCCGUAAGUCUCGUCUCUAUGACAACACAAUCCUGUCAGCCGCCGCUGUAUGAUGGACACUGAUCCUCUGUGUUUUACUGUGUGUUUGGAAAUCAUUAAAAUCCCCAUCCUGCCUCACGUGAGUGUCCCUUCCAGCUGUAUGGAAACUUCUCACCAAUAACUGAAUCCAUGAAGAACCACACACAUAAUACAACAAGUGACACGAGUCCCAACAUCCGUCACAACAUGUAGAACACAGAAGACAUGAAAUCUUUACUACUGCAGUCUGACUUCAGUCUCUGUUCUCAAGUCUUGACUCGACACAGAUCGUUAAAUCUAACUUUUGAACCUUCGUGUCAGUUAUGUAAGAUCAUAACGACGUUGGCGUCGUGUUGCCGAGCUGCUGCAGUGGACUCUGGUAUUUAUGAGCCUGAGGCGACCACCUGGACUCCUUCAACAAGCUGCAUGUUGGGACAUUUUCUGAGUUUUGGUGUUGUGGCGGUCCAGAGCAGUAAUUAUCUGUGAACACGUGUCUGGUUUUGGCUUCUUCUUCUUCUCCUUAAAUCAAAGGAAAUGUAUAUAAUUUGUUACUGUGCACGACUGUUACACCAACAAUUCAAACUGUGCAGAAUUCUGUUCACACUUUCCAGCAAUAUGAUGUCCGGUUGGAGAACAGUUGUUUCCAAAAUGUGGUGAAGUAAAAAGAAGUAAAAAGAAAAGAAAAUGUCAAAUACUCAAGGAAAUAUUCUUCAGUCUUGACAAGACCGAGUCAGGACCGAGACCAAAGGAGAACAAGACUGGAUCAGGACCGAGACCAAAGGAGAACAAGACUGGAUCAGGACCGAGACCAAAGGAGAACAAGACUGGAUCAGGACCGAGACCAAAGGAGAACAAGACUGGAUCAGGACCGAGACCAAAGGAGAACAAGACUGGAUCAGGACCGAGACCAAGGCAGGAUGAGACCAGUGCGAGUCUCCACGAUAUAUUUGCCAUAAACAAUGUUUUGUUUUGUUUCUGGUGAUUGGUGGAGGUGGAGGUGAUUUUUAUCUGUGGGAAACGCGAAGGAGCUGAAAUCAACUUUUUUAUCCAACUCUGUUUUGACCAUCCACCUAAAACACACCAGAUUCUCUCCUGACUGUUGAUUUGUGGUAGAAGCUGAUGGACACUGAGACUAAAUCCACAGUCCUCCUGGUCCGAGAUCAAGACGAGACUACAACUGCAAACACUUUGGCCCUGUGGAAAAUCAAAGCAGGUCAUAUUAAAGUCUCCUAUACAGCCCCUGUCUGUGUCCUGUAGUAUGAAAGGAGCUAUAGGGCCUUCAAAACACACUUUUAGUAACUGUGUUAGCGAGCAGAGUUUCCAGCUUGGGUUAACAGAUCCAGAUGUUUUUCUUUCAAGCCUCCUAAUGAGGAACAUGGAGCAGAAUGAGGUGCAGCUGGGCUGGAAAGGUCCUGAAACCUGUGGAUUUACAGACGUCUCUCCUGCAGCUCCACAGGGUUUUACAUGUUCAUCACAUCUGUCACGAGGCCCCACAUGCCUGCAGCGGCGGGGCAGGCGUCUGCAUGUCUGCUGCCAGGACGGACGCAUAAAUACCUGGACGAGCCGGCGCUGCUGUCACCGUCCGACUGUCUGCAGGUGGAAACCAGAAGAAGAAGAAGAGGCUGAGAGACGCCGACAUGGUUCCACUGAGGCUCGUCAUCCUCGGCUUGCUGGCUGCAGCUUGGUGUCUCUCCGGAGCUGCUGAGGGUGAGGUCAUCUACGCCUGUCAUAAUGACACCGCAGUGAUGUCAUGUGAAGUCGGCACUAAGAUCAGUCUGGAGCACAUCCUGUACAAGGUGGGCGUGGGGACGAGGUGUGGAGAGGGGAAACGCCACCCGGACGACGGGCCUGACACCUUCUGCUCCUUCCCCUGGGCUGAGAUGGUCGUGGAGGAUCUUUGUGGUAACAGGAGGUCCUGUGAGGUCCCGGUCACUGAGCGAGUGUUUGGUGAAUACCCGUGUCAGGAGCAGACCAGGUACCUGGAGGUGUCCUACAGCUGCGCCAAGCCGCCUCCUCCUCCUCCUCCUCCACCAGCUCCCAUCAAACCUGAGUGUGAAGACAAACCAGCUGAUGAAGCCUGAAGACACCUCAGACUGAUCAGAGAUCAGAUCUCAGUAAAAAUGUCUUCUUGAAAACAAAGUCAAGAACGUUUGUGUUGUUUUAUUGAAAUGUAAGAAAGAAAAAACACAUAUUUGAACUCAAGAAGGAUUUUAAAUCAAUAAAAGAAUCAAAUGAAA